AUUAAGAUCAGCCAUAUAUGUUAAAUGUCUUUGAAAGAAAACAAAUAGAUAUUUUUUUUUCCAACACUGCAAAUACUUUUGUAUUAAAAUGACCAUUUGUCAUACAGUCAUACAGCACCGAACGACCUCUGCUGGUCGGGUUGGGAAUUGCUGCAACUAAAUUGGAAUUUUUGUCCACACCCGUUUUCCGGAAAGUCCCGCCUCCUGCGCUGGGAUUGGUUUAUAGAUCAAAUUCAGCACAUGACAACGUCAACUAAUAUCCAAACCUACCCAAGCAUAGCGCGGGAGACUGGACACUUUAGCCAAUCCCAACGUAAAGGGGUGGUGGUUAGCUGAAAAUAGGUGCGAAAAAAAACACGGUCUGCGCUUAAUCCAGUUUGGAGCGCUCCGCUGAAGAUGCCACUUGUAGAAACGUGACAGUGCGCUGGCGCUGUCUAUUCCAACAUCUUUCUCUACCUCAGACAGUCCUGAAAGCGAACAUCUGGAGGGUUUUGGAGGUGCAAAGAGAAAACUUUGGCCCAAAGAUGUGAUGGUUCAGAACGGAUGCGGACUGGAUGAGAAAUCAGACCCAAUGCGAGCCAAGUGGAGGUCUGCUGAGGAACUCAGCUUGGGACAGGGAGACGAGACGGGCUUGGACAUGAUGACACUGCCCGUCGACUGCGCCGAGCCAGAGCAGUGAAACUUUUUGCCUUGAUGGAGUGUUAAAAAUGACAUUUUUUAAGUUGGUGAACGAAAGUAAGGAUGUCUUGUCCUCCAUUGAAGUUGAAGCCAUCAAUGAGACUUUAGAUGUGCAGCCUUUUCUCACGAAUAGAACCACCAAAAGAACCAACGUGACGUGCGCUAGCGUCCUUUUGGAGCCCCAGGUGGUGGCUGUGGGGGUCUUUUUGGCCAUCUUCAUCUCGGUGGCCAUCGUUGGGAACAUUCUGGUCAUUUUAUCAGUGCUUUGCAACAGGCACUUGAGGACGGUCACUAACUUCUUUAUUGUGAAUCUGGCCAUAGCUGACCUUCUGCUGGGGGUUGUUGUGCUGCCCUUCAGCGCCUCACUGGAGGUGCUGGGCUGCUGGGUGUUUGGCCGGGCGUUCUGCAACAUUUGGGCAGCAGUGGAUGUGCUGUGCUGCACGGCAUCCAUCCUCAGCCUGUGCAUCAUCUCUGUGGACAGGUAUGUUGGGGUCAAAUACUGCCUGCGCUACCCCACCAUCAUGACAGAGAGGAAGGCAGGCGUCAUCCUGGUGGUCAUCUGGGUGGCAUCCGCUGUCAUCUCCAUUGGGCCGCUCCUUGGUUGGAAAGAGCCACCGCCAGCUGACGAAAGUGUCUGCAGCAUCACAGAGGAACCAGGCUAUGCCCUCUUCUCUUCACUCUUCUCCUUCUACCUGCCGCUCUCUGUCAUCCUGGUCAUGUACUUUCGGGUGUAUGUGGUGGCCCGACGAACCAGCCGGAGCCUGGAGGCCGGUGUGAAACGCGAGAGGGGCACCUCCACGGACGUGGUGCUGCGCAUCCACUGCAGGAGCCUGCCCGAGGAGGCUCUGGAACAGAGCCGCAGCCGGGGCAGGGGCCAACCCUUUCGUAGUUCGCUCUCCGUGCGCCUCAUGAAGUUCUCCAGAGAGAAAAAGGCGGCCAAAACCUUGGCCAUCGUGGUCGGGAUGUUCGUGGUGUGCUGGCUGCCGUUCUUCUUCGUGCUACCUUUGGGCUCUUUUUUCCCUUCAUUGAAGCCUUCAGACAUGGUGUUCAAGGUGAUCUUCUGGCUGGGCUACUUCAACAGCUGCAUCAACCCAGUCAUCUACCCAUGUUCCAGCAAAGAGUUCCAGCGGGCUUUCACCCGCCUGCUGCGCUGCCAGUGCCACCGGCGGCGCCGAACUCUGCGUCGAUUCUACGACCAGCGGUGGCGAACAGCCAUUAAAGGCCCAACCAGAGACUCCCGAGAAGAAUACCGGGUGGGCUUACCCCUCCAUGAAUCCUGUGGAGGCUCCUCCGUCUUUUCGUGCCGGAGCAAGGGCCGCUCCCUGCGUCUCAAGAGCUGGAGCUUCUUUCCUCCACUGCAGAAAUCCUCCUUCCACUUGAAGGAAAAGAUGAACAACUUGUCCAACAAAAUCAAGAGUGGUGCAGGAAAAAGCUCCACGCCCGCACUGGGCAGGACCGAGAUCGAUACAGUGGCCAUGGGGAUUUAUAGCGAGUGCGGAGAGCCAGCAGGCUACCAGAUCUACGACCUCCCAGAAUGCUACGGCCUGAAGGAGACCGAUAUCUAAACAAAGAUAGAGGGUUUAGAUAACUGCCUGGGGCUGCUCAUAUCGCCGCUGUCUGGCACGCACACUGCAAACAAUGAUAUCUCAGCUAGUGAAAGCAUCUUCAGGGUCGGCAAUGUAUCUGAUAUUUCUCAUUAUAUGAAUAUUGUAAGAUUACAACCUAUUUCUAGAGACUACUUAUAUAAUAAGAUCUUACUAAGUUAAAAUGGGUAUAACUAGGGGUAUAAACAUGCAUCAGUCCAUUGUGGUGCAUCACUCUAAUAGCAAUUCAACUGAAUUUGGAAGAUCAGAAUCAAUUAUAAUAAAUUACAAUCAUAUUUAACAAAAUAGGCACUUUUCUCACAGAAAGAAAUCCAAAAAAGGUGUUUUGUUUUAUUUGCUAUAUAUUUUAUAUUUCACCACUAUGUAAAAAGUUCCUCUGGUUUGUUUAUUCAACAUAUUCUGGAAAAAAUUCUGAAGCUGAAUCAAACCAAUCAUUCAAAAAUAGUUGACUGAACUAAAUCUAAUCAGGUUUUUUAUGGUAAUUUCACUUGAUAAAAUUAUUAUUAUUAUUAUUAUUAAAUUAGUUAAAAUUCAGUAACAAUUUAUUUCAAGGCUGCUUUCAUAGGGACCUCAUAACACAUGCAUAAGCAUUAAAUAAUACAUUAAUAUAAUAAUACUUGAGUAUUUAUGAACACAUGAAGGCACAGACCUUAUGAAAAUGAUCACUUAAGUUUGGGUUUAUCAUAAUUUUCCAUUGAACCGCUAUCCACAUAUAAGCUUUUAAUAAACCCAAACUUAGGUGAUAAUUUUCAUACAUAUUUGUUCAUUUCCUAUCUGUAUUUCUACUUGAGUACAAAAGUACAAAAUUACUUGAUAUGAACCGUAAAAGUACCAAAAGUAAAUGUAAAAGUUAUUGGUUUUGCUAUAAUAUUUUGAUAUUUUGUGGCUGCAGACAUAAAAAACUGAGUUAGUUGUUUAGCAGCCAAACUGGUCCUAGAAAUAGUACUUUUGUGCUUUAAUUCAAGUAAAAUUGACUUAAGUGUUCUUAACUAGGCCUCUGCCUUAAACAUGGGAGUAUUAUACACUCUGUCAUUUAGUUUACGUCAAUACAUUGUUAUUUAUUUCAUAAUAAUGUUAUCUUACUGCCAUAAGCUGUUCAUAAGUCCUAGCCUAACCCUAUCCCUAACUUUUUCAACACAUUAUUCAAUGCUUCAACCUCUCUUAUAAUGCCCCUGUUUAGAUAGCCUUUAAAUAGUGUCACCUGAUAUCCUUAUAAUUAUCUCAUUAUGAGAAAUAUUAAAUAUAUUGCCUAUAUUUAAGAAGCAUUUUCUUGCCAAAGAUCAUUUUUUUGCAGUGCAGGCAGACAAGGAGUGGUCUGCUCAGAGACGGACUUCAAAUGGGCAGCUUUGACAAAAAGCACAAUUGGAAAGCAAACAACACAAGGAGUACUGUUUGUUUAUUGUUUUAUUGUAAGAGAAGGACAAAACUCAUGUCUAUGUGGGUAAUUUAAGUAUUUCACUUCCUUUUUGAGAAGUGAACAGACAAAUGAUUGUCGUUUUCCCUGUAAAGUACCCUGACCACAACAAGUGCCAUCACUUGGCGUACAGACUCUUUGCUUCUGGUUAACUGUGCACUGUAUAAGUUCAUGUGGCCUUUCAAAAUGAUCCUUUCAAACUGUCAGAUUCUUUCGCAAUCAGUAGAGCAACACUGAAGAGCUCGUUCCUACUGUACAAGCAAUCAGUCUUACUACACAAAGCGGAGCUCUACUAAAAAAAGGCUCUGCUCUGCAGGCUGCAAAGGCCCAAAUUUAGGGAGCAAGAUUUAACUGUGAUUGUAUAUCCGAUGGACUGAAAAAACAACAGCACUGCUUACUAUUUAUAUCGUGAUUUGCCAAGACGUACUGUGGCGUUCACAUGGGUAAAGUGCUAAAGGUUUAACAGAUUGUUAUUUAAAUGACUUAAUAAAACUUUUCAUGAAAUAUGCUACUUAUAUAAAUAAAUUUGGAUGAAAUGUCAUUUGCAUUGACCGCUGAAAGAGUGGCAUGUGAAUGCCAUGGGGUUACGGCAACAGUCAUACUCAGUUAACUUUCAUCAGAGUUACUUGCAUUGUUGAGAGAUGCUUUGAAUUCAUUUGUAUUUGCAGAUGUGAUGACGUCCAUCAAUGUCUGAUAUAAUGCGAAAUAAAUCAGAUAAAAAGUGGAAAACUUGUGGGAUUUUUCACUCAGUUUGCUUUACCUACUGUGGCACACCAAUUUAGAUCAUGA